GCGAUGCCGUCACCUGGGCAGACCCCGACCACUGGAAGCCCCCCAAGGACGUAGGUGACCCCCAGGGCGUGGAGACAGGGAAGAGCCUUGAAUCGUGAGGGGUUGUUAACUCUAAGAUGUCCUUGAGCAGCGGAGCUUCCGGAGGGAAAGGAAUUGAUGCGAACCCGGUUGAGACGUACGACAGCGGGGAUGAGUGGGACAUUGGUGUAGGGAAUCUCAUCAUUGACCUGGACGCUGAUUUGGAGAAGGAUCAGCAGAAAUUGGAAAUGUCGGGCUCCAAGGAGGUGGGGCUCCCGGCACCCAACGCAGUGGCGACGCUACCGGAUAACAUCAAGUUUGUGAGCCCAGUGCCGGGCCCUCAGGGCAAGGAGGGCAAAUCCAAGUCAAAAAGGAGCAAGACUGGCAAGGACAGUGGGAAGCCGACCCCGGGGUCCUCCCUGUUCACUCCCAGUGAGGGAGCUGGUGGCAAGAAGGAGGCUCAAGGACGCUCUGGGGAUGGCGCGAACUCAGGUGGUUUGGUGCCUGCCGUCACCCCGAAGGGCUCGGAGAAGUCGGCCAAGGCGUCUCGCAGCGUGGCCGGCUCCAAGAAAGAGAAGGAGGGUGGCUCAUCCAAAAGCAAGAAGGAAAGGAGUGAGGGUGCAGGGGCUGCGGUGGAGAAGGAGUCCAGCGUGCUGCAGCCCCUGGCCCUGGCAGUGAGGGUGGGACAGUAUGAUGGGGGCCAGGGGACAGAGCCUGCUGCUGCCGAGCAGCUUGGGAGUAUAGCUAUUGACACGGGAGCUGCGCUCAAUCCCUUGGGAGUUAAGUCGGAGCUGGAGGAUGGGGAAAGUGAGUGCCGGCAGCUGAAGAAGGUGAAAUCGGAGAAGAUGGAGUCUCCGGUCUCUACGCCCGCGGUGUUGCCCUUGCACCUCCUCGUGCCUGUGGUCAACAACGACAUCUCGUCGCCGUGCGAGCAGAUCAUGGUACGCACCCGCUCGGUGGGAGUGAACACCUGCGACGUGGCCCUGGCCACCGAGCCCGAGUGCCUGGGCCCCUGCGAGCCCGGGACCAGCGUGAACCUGGAGGGCAUCGUCUGGCAGGAGACGGAGGACGGGAUGCUGGUGGUCAAUGUCACCUGGAGGAACAAGACGUACGUGGGGACGCUGCUGGACUGCACACAGCACGACUGGGCUCCUCCCCGGUUCUGUGACUCUCCCACCAGCGACCUGGAGAUGCGCAAUGGCCGGGGCAGGGGCAAGCGCAUGCGCCCCAACAGCAACACGCCAGUGAACGAGGCGGCCGCUGCCUCGGACAGCAAAGGGACCAGUAACAGCAGCAAGACCCGGGCAGGAGCCAACAGCAAGGGGCGCCGGGGCAGCCAGAACUCCUCGGACCACCGCACUCCACCUGGUGGCACGGCCGAAGACGUGAAGGCCAGUCCCUCCUCCGUCACCAAGCGGAAGAGCAAACCCCUCUCUGACAUGGAGGUGAACUCCAGCUCGGAGGACUCCAAGGGCAGCAAACGCAUCCGCACGAACUCGAUGGGCUCAGCCACCGUGCCGCCCGCCACGGUCAAGGUGGAGCCGGCUGUCCUGGACCGCAACUGCCCUUCUCCCAUCCUCAUCGACUGUCCCCACCCCAACUGUAACAAGAAGUACAAGCACAUCAAUGGGCUGAAGUACCACCAGGCCCACGCGCACACAGAUGAUGACAGCAAGCUGGAGGCGGACGUGGACAGCGAGUAUGGUGAGGAGCCCUCCCUGCACGCCGACGUCGGGAGCUGCAAUGGGGCCGCCGGCUCUCAGAAGGGCUCGCUCUCGCCGGCUCGCUCGGCCACUCCCAAGGUGCGCUUGAUGGAGCCCCACAGCCCCUCCCCAUCCAGCAAGUUCAGCACCAAGGUCCCCUGUAAGAAGAAGGUGGGUGGGGAGGGGGACACGGACCCAGGUGCUCUGUCCAAUGAUGGCUCUGAGGAUGGUCCGUCGGUGGCUGAUGAGACGAGUAAUGACGACUUUGACUCUCUGGAGAAGCGAUGUGUUGAUAAGGACAAGUCAAAGAAGGCCUCUGGUGCUAAGCAGGAGAAGAUCCCUUCCAAAAGCUUGAAGUCUGCCAGACCCAUUGCACCAGCCAUCCCCCCGCAGCCAAUUUACACCUUCCAGACUGCCACCCUCACCACCGCCAGCCCCGGCUCAUCCGCCGGCCUCGCCACCACCGUGGUCCAGACCAUGCCCAACAGCCCCCAGCUCAAACCUAUCCAGCCCAAGCCAACAGUGAUGGGAGAGCCCUUCACUGUCAACCCUGCCCUCACCCCUUCCAAGGAAAAGAAGAAGAAAGACAAGAAGAAGAAGGAGCCCAAGGAGGUGGAAAACCCUUUGACUCCUGGCAAAGCCUGCAGAGCGGAGGAAGGCAAGAGCCCUUUCCGGGGGGAAUCCAGCGACUUGGGAAUGAAAGGCGAGGGGCUGCUGAAUGGUUCAUCUGACCCCCACCAGAGCCGGCUCGCCAGCAUCAAGGCUGAGGCGGAUAAAAUCUACAGCUUCACCGACAACGCACCCAGCCCCUCCAUCGGUGGUGCCAGCAGGCUGGAGAACACCAACCCAGCCCAGCCCCUGACCCCGCUGCAUGUUGUCACCCAGAACGGGGCAGAGGCCAGCUCAGUGAAGACCAACAGCCCGGCCUACUCAGACAUCUCCGACGCUGGGGAGGACGGGGAAGGCAAGCUGGAGAGCGUGAAGGCAAAGGAUCCGGAGCAGUUGGUCAAGGAAGGCGCCAAAAAAGCUCUUUUCCCCCCACAACCUCAGAGCAAAGAGUCUCCCUACUACCAAGGCUUUGAAACGUACUAUUCCCCAGGCUACCCCCAGGCUAGCCCAGGUCCCCUGAACCCCGGCGGGCAGUCCGUGGCUGAGACACAGGCCUUGAAACUGAAGAAGGACGAGGAGCAGGAGAACCCAGACGUGAAGGUGAAGAGCGAAGGCUGCGAAGAGAAGAAGGCAGAGCUUGGUGGUGGCUCCAGCCAGCAGCCCUCAGUCAUCCAGCAGCGCCCCAACAUGUACAUGCAGUCCCUCUACUACAACCAGUAUGCCUACGUGCCGCCCUACGGCUACAAUGAGCAGGGCUACCACGCUCACCUGCUGAGCACCAACCCUGCUUACCGCCAGCAGUAUGAGGAGCAGCAGAAGCAGCGGCAGAGCCUGGAGCAGCAGCAGCAGCGGGGACUGGAGAAGAAGGCAGACCUGGGCUUGAAAGAGAGGGAGGCAGCGCUCAAAGAGGAGUGGAAGCAGAAGCCACCAAUGCCACCGACACUGACCAAAGCCCCAAGCCUCACAGACCUCGUCAAGUCAGGGCUGAACAAGCCCAAGGAGCAGGGAGGUCCUGACAUGGCCAAAUCUGUCAUCAUCCCCAAGCUGGAGGACUCGUCCAAGCUGUCUGGCAGCCAGGUCGCUGAGGGGCUCAAGGUGAAGCUGAGCGAGGCCAGUCACCUCGGGAAGGAAGCUGCCGAGACUAAGGCUGGCUCUGAGUGUGGCCGGCAAGCGGAGGUGGACCCUGUGCUCUGGUACAGACAGGAAGCCGAGCCCCGGAUGUGGACGUAUGUGUACCCGGCAAAGUACUCGGACAUCAAGACGGAGGAUGAGCGGUGGAAAGAGGAGAGGGACCGAAAGUUGAAGGAAGAAAGGAGUAGAAGCAAAGAAGCCACAUCCAAGGAGGACGGGAAGGAGAGCACCAGCUCCGAGUGCAAGCUGACCCCCCCUGAGGAGCCUCGCAUGGUGGGGAAGGACCCCAGGCCCAGUGUCCAUGUCCCUGUGUCCUCACCCCUCACGCAGCACCAGUCCUACAUCCCCUACAUGCACGGCUACUCCUACAGCCAGUCGUACGACCCCAACCACCCCAGCUACCGCGCCAUGCCCACCGUCAUGAUGCAGAAUUACCCAGGAUCAUACCUACCCUCCAGCUAUUCCUUCUCUCCAUAUGGGAGCAAGGCAUCCGGCAGUGAUGACAGCGACAAGUCCCGAGCCAGCCCCAGCGUGAGCUGUAAAUCCAGCUCAGAGUCCAAGGCCCUGGACAUCCUGCAGCAGCACGCCAGCCACUACAAGAGCAAAUCACCCACGAUAAGUGAGAAAACAUCUCAGGAGCGGGACCGCAGUGGCUGUGGGGUGGUGGGGGGCAGCGGGAGCUGCAGCAGCGUCGGGGGAGCUGGAGCAGGAGAACGGAGCGGCGACCGACCCCGCACAUCGCCCUCCCAGCGCCUGCUCUCGACGCAUCACCACCACCACCACCUCGGGUACUCGCUGCUGCCGGCACAGUACAACCUGCCCUAUGCAACAGGUCUCUCCUCUACAGCCAUCGUUGCCAGCCAGCAAGGCUCUACUCCCUCCCUAUACCCACCUCCCCGGAGGUGAGAACGGACGUGAAGCACUGGGAUGCCUGGGCUGUACAAGACAUGUGACUGGCUCACAUGGGGAAGCGCUGGAGACUCCUUUAGACAUCAGUUGAAUGGUGUUAAUUGUUCUGCUUGACGUUCCUGCCGUGAUCCGAGGCAGACUCUGUCUUCUCCCCCCUGUCGGACACACACUGACUGUCCCCCACACCCCCUUUGGUGAGUGGGUGAGCUGGUGCCUGCGGAAAUAUUUAUUCUACUGGGCACCAGCGCUCGGGAUGGAGGCGUCUUGCCCGUCUGGUGCAUAUGAAGAGGAAACAGAAGCACUGAGGUUUCUUGAUGGAUUUGGGACCCCACCGUGUCUCUUCGAGCUGCUGCUUCAUGAUGGGACUGGGGGCAGGCGGGGGCUCGGAGUGUGGGGCUGAGCCUGCUGUGGGGUCUCAGGAAAGGAAGGGCUGGCUCACAUGGAGCCACAAUGGGCUUGGGGGGGGCUGUUGUGAGCCUGAAGGUGGUGUCAGCCUGGCCGGAGAGAGCCGUGGGGCACGGGGGUGUGCUGCAUGUGAAGCUCUCCCUCUCCCAGUCCCUCAUCUGGUCCUGCAGCCCACAGCACCUGCUGCUCUGUGUCCAUGGGCAGGAGCCACUGGUGUGGCCAAUGGCUGGAGCAGGGCUAGGGAGCUGGGGGAGCUCUUUGCCCCAGUGAAGCAGCCACUGCCCUGGGGGGCCAGGGCUCCAUGGGGUUGGGGGCAAGUGGGGCACAGAGUUGGGGGCUGUGCCUGUCACCCCACCUGGGGCUGCUGGGGUACCCCGUGCCGUGCACAGUCCAGACCUGCCCGAAGCUCCUGCCCGUCACUUUCGAAUUGGUUUCUGAGCUGUAACUCGGCAACACCCCCAGCCUUUCCUCUGCCCCCCUACCCUGGCAAAUGCUCCCCGAACCCUGGGGCAGCAUAUCCUGCUGGGGGGUGGCUGUAGCUCCCCUUUUUAUCCACCUUUUGCUUUUAGGGCGGCUCCCCCAGGCCGUGGGCAGGGCGCAGCGAAGAACAAGCACACUUAGGUUCUGCCAGAGGCACGUGGGGCUGUGCUGGUCCCUGCUCUGGCCUCGUGCCGGGGCUGGGGGCACCAGGCCCUGGAGGAAGCCGGUCCCUGCUCCCGGCUGUUCCCCAGCACCGAGGACAGGGGCUUUCUGGUCCUCUGCCCCCAGCCCCAGAGCAGCUCUCCCUGGGCCGAUGCUCUACCUCGGCCCCGCAGCGGCUGGGCCGCCCCAGCUCUCCCCCCUCUCCUGCUGCCCGGCUGGGGGGACAUGGGGGCCGUGGGUCUCGGUCGUGUGUGUGUGUCCAUGUCGCACCCGGCCCCGAGGGCCGCUGUACGGGGAUGCUCUGCCCGCCGGGCUCUGUACAUACUGUAAAAAGCAAUUGUUUGAAA